CAUUAUGUAUGCUUCUGCUUUUGGUUGUUCAUCUGACAUUCUACAGAGAUUUUUGCAGCCUUUCUUGUUUAUUUAUUGCUCUCUAUCAUUUUUAUUGCUGGCCUGUAAAAUCUUCAGUCUCAAGUUUUGAAGUUUGAAUCUUUACAUUUACUUAUUACUGGCUGGUUGGCUGGCUUCCAACUAACUUUUGAGGUUGCUGUGCUCUCCAGUCAAAAGAUGAACACAUUGUGAAAUCUAGUUGAGGAGUUGAGAAUUGAACUGUAACAGUAGAUGGAGCGCAAGUGGUUGUGGAAGAAGAAGCCUUUGGAGAAGAGCUCUGGAGAAACUGAUAGUUCAGGUUCAGUAUCUUCGAACUCAGAGAGGUACUCCGAUGAACAGGAGGCACAAAAGGCAUCUCUGAAUCAUGAUGCUCAAUCACCUGAAGUCACAUCAAAAGCAGCAUCCAGUGCUGACCAUGUUAAUUAUAGUCUGAAGAGUCUAACGGAGAGAUUAUCAGCUGCUCUUGUGAAUGUUAGCGCCAAAGAAGACUUGGUGAAGCAGCAUGCCAAAGUUGCUGAAGAAGCUGUCGCAGGCUGGGAAAAGGCUGAAAAUGAGGCUGCCGUUUUUAAGUCAGAACUUGAAGUUACAGUUCAGCAAAACUCGGUUUUGGAAGACCGCGUAAGCCAUCUAGAUGGGGCCCUCAAGGAAUGCGUUAGACAGCUUAGACAAGCGAGAGAGGAGCAGGAACAAACCAUACAGGAAGCUGUGCUGAAGAAAACCCGUGACUGGGAGUCCACCAAGUUGAAGCUUGAAAGUCAGAUUAUUGAGCUACAGAGAAAAGCAGAAGUGAAUAGAUCUGAAGCUUCUGCUUUUGUCGAUCCUCAUCUUUCUCAUAAGCUGCAAUCUUUAGAAAACGAAAACUCGGCCCUGAAGCAUGAGCUACUGACUCAAGCAGAGGAGUUGGAAAUCAUGACAAUUGAAAGGGACUUGAGUACUCAAGCAGCUGAAACGGCCAGUAAGCAACAUUUAGAGAGUAUAAAAAAGGUUGCAAGGCUUGAAUCCGAGUGCCGGAGGCUAAAAGCUUUGGGUAGUAAAAUACCUACUGUCAUUGAUCACAAGUCCAGUGCUGCUUCUUCAAUGUACGUGGAGUCUUGCAUGGAUAGUCAAUCGGACAGUGGAGAGAGGCUAAACAUGAUGGAGAUAGAUUCUCAAAAGAUGAAUGGCUCAGAGGCAAACAAGCGUGACCUGACUUUCUCUGACUGUUGGGCUUCGGCCCUCGUUGCUGAGCUUGAUCAAUUCAAGAAUGAAAAGGCUGUAAACAGAAAUUUGCCUGCCCCUUCCAUUGAUGUUGAUCUCAUGGACGAUUUCCUAGAGAUGGAACGACUUGCUUCGUUGCCACAGACUGAGAAUGAAACUAGUUAUCUAGAAUCAGAAGCCAUAGUUAAUCAAACCAAUAAUGAAGAACGUGCCUUGAGAGCUGAACUUGAAGCCAUGAGUCAUCGGACGGCCGAACUUGAGGACAAGUUAGAAAAGUUUGAAGUAGAGAAAGAAAAGUUAGAGGUAGAGAAUGCUGAAAUUGAAGCUAUGAGUCAUCGGGCAGCCGAAUUAGAAGACAUGUUAGAAAAGAAGGAAGUCGAGAGAGAAAAUUUGGAAGUAGAGAAAGCUAAAAUAAAAACCGCUUUAGCCAAAAGUCAAGAAUGUUAUGUGGCAGCAGAGUUUCAGCUUAAAGAAGCAGAAAUGAAGUUGGAGGAGUUACAAAAGGAGCUAAGUAUUGCAAAUGAAUCAAGGCAGAAUAUUGAGUCUCAGCUCAUUAGCAUGGAAGCAGAGGGGCGGACCAUGUCUGCUAAGGUUGAUUCUUUGGAAGCAGAGGUUCAAAGGGAGAGGGCUUUGUCAGCAGAAAUUGCCAUCAGAUGUCAAGAUUUAGAGGAGGAGCUAUCAAGAAAAAACGAAGAAUUCAAGCUUCAGAAAACUGCUUGCUCGAACAGUGAAUUGAAGAGAAAGCAGGAAGACCUAGCUGUAGCAGCUGGAAAGCUUGCCGAGUGCCAGAAGACAAUAGCAUCGCUUGGAAAUCAACUCAAAUCUCUAGCAACACUAGAAGAUUUCCUGAUAGACUCCGAAAGCCUCCCAGGGUUCACUGCUGUUGCGCCGCAGAUUCCUAAAGCUGAUGAACAGUGGAAGUUGCAUUCCAAUGUGACAUUUUCACCUAAACGAGAUUCUGUAUCAAAACCAGCCGAUGAGAGUUGUGGGCCUUCAACAAAUAGAAAUGAGGACAACUCCCCACCAUCUUCGUCUGCAUCAACCUCAUCCACUGUGUUGUCGACUCAUGUCAGCUCUGACAAGAAUCGAAAUGGGUUUGCAAAGUUCUUCUCCCGAACCAAGAGUGGCAUACGACUAGAAAUUUAGGCGAGAUUAAUUCUUUAGUAGAGAAAACAAGAAACAUAAUUGGUUUCUGGGGUUUGUAUUACAGGGGAAGUUAGUGCUGCAGUUUAUUUGCAAGAGAUUCUCAGCUCUUAUAAUUUUAUCCUUUUUGGGGCAUGUCAGAUGCGUUCUUGUGAGAUUAUGUAAAGAUGAACAAACGAAGGAACCGAGUCGAAUUGUUAUGGUCAUGGAA